CGUAUCAGAGGAAAUGGAAUUGGUCCUCAGAUGACAUCACUUCCUCGGAAACAUGUGCCUUAGUGAUGCUGCGUGGUUGCCAUGGUAACAGCGACCCCUCCCUUCUUCCUUGGAGCGGCAGCAGGGUGGAGCAGCAGACGGACCGCAGCAGCAGCCGCAGCAGCAGAAGGAGGAGCGAAGAUGGAUGGAGACUCCGCCCCCGUCAAUGAUGGCCCCGCCCAUGAGCAGCGAAGCAUGAUGGGAGACCUGGAAUCUGUCGGGUUUCUGGAGAAACUCCCAAAUGGAAGCGCAGAGCUGCAGGAGGAGGGAGGAGGAGAGAGGAUGGAGAGAAAACAGGAAGUGCCUCCUUCUGGAGACCCACAAGGAGCUGGUCAGGAGGAAAAUGCAAAAACAUGCAACCAAGUAGAGAAGAAAGAAGAGGGAGACAUUAUCCAGGAUGAGGAUAAGGAGGAUGAGGAGACCAAGAAGCAGCUUCCUUCCUCCUCCAGCAUUUCUCCUCCACAGCAGGAUGAGGAAGUCACAGGAAAGGAGGAGGACAAUGUAGAAGAACAAAAUAAGAUGACAGGAGAGGAGAGUCCAUGUUCCUCCCCCACAUCCCCUCCAGGAGAAGCAGGACUUGAUGAUGAUGAUGAUAAAGAUGAGGAGCAACUGGAAGGUGAGGUGGCACUGUCAGCAGUGAAGGUGAAGGAGGAGUCCAAAGAGCUCUCAAAUCUUAAAACUAGAGCCUCUUUCGAACCAGAACCACCUGCAGAGGAGAGCCAACCAGAACCACCUGCAGAGGAGAACCAUCCAGAACCACCUGCAGAGGAGAGCCAUCCAGAACCUCCNNNAGAGGAGAGCCAGCCAGAACCUCCUGCAGAGGAGAGCCAGCCAGAACCUCCUGCAGAGGAGAGCCAACCAGAACCUCCUGCAGUGGACAGAAAUACAGACCUCCCUGAAGAAAAGAACCAACCAGAACUUCCUGCACCUCCUUCCACAGCUGACGAGGAGCUCCCUGCCAACAAAACAAACGCUCUUCCUGGAGAUCUUCCCUCUAAAACCACAGCGCCUCCUGCAGGUGCUCUUCCAAAACACAACGCAAAGGCCUCCUCUUCUCCUCUCAGAAGAUCAGGCAUUCCUCCUUCCCUCAACAAAGGUAAAGCAGCUGUGAAAGCAACAGCUGAUGAAGCUGUGAAGGUCUCCAGGACAGCAGGGGGCAGCAGAGCCGCAAAGAUGAUCUCAGCUAAGAGUACAGAGUCCAUGGACGGAGUCAACAGUCCAGGAAGUCGCUCACCUGCCAGCAGAUCAUCCACCCCCAACCGAGAUGUGAAAAAGGUGGCUGUUGUCCGGACCCCUCCCAGGUCUCCUGGAUCUGCCCGUGGCCGAACACCUCCCACCUCCCAUCCUCUGCCUGACCUUAGCAGUGUGAAGUCCAAAGUGGGAUCCACAGAGAACCUGAAGCACUCACCGGGAGGAGGAAAGGUUCAUAUUGUCCAUAAGAAGCUGGAUUUAAGUAACGUGACAUCAAAGUGCGGCUCUAAGGAUAACCUCCGCCACAAACCAGGUGGAGGGAGGGUGGAGAUCAAGACUGAGAAGGUGGAUUUCAAAACUGUUCAGUCCAAAGUUGGUUCUCUGGAAAAUGUCACCCACAUUCCAGGAGGAGGGAAGAAGAAGAUUGAGAGUCACAAGCUGAUGUUCAGAGAGAAUGCUAAAGCUCGGAUUGACCAUGGUGCUGAAAUCGUCGUUCAGGAGGACUCCUCCCCCCGUCGCCUUAGCAACACGUCCUCCCAUGGAAGCAUCAAUGCUGAUGAAGCUCCUCCCCUCGAUACCCUGGCCGACCAGGUGUCUGCAUCCCUCGCCAAACAAGGCCUGUGAUUGGACCAGCUCUGUGCCUGCAACUCCCCCACCUUCUUUGUUACCAAGGAAACCAACAGACUGCAGAAACAAAAUAUUUCUAACUUCAUCUUAUAAAGACAUGCUGUGAUUGGGGAGACUUUAUGAAUCAGAGUGAACAGCAGCCAGUCAGAGUUCAGCCAGCCAGGUGACUCAGGUAGUCUCUGUUCCCUCCAUCUUCACCUGGUUUUAGCUGUUCCUGCCACUGCCUCAGGUGUCACCUAUGGUGUUCGUUUGAAGCAUGCUUCAUGACUCACACCCCAGGUGACCAACAGAGGUAAUAUGGAGACCAGAGGUAAUAUGGAGAUGAUGAAGAAGACCUUCAGCAGAGUCAUGCAGAGAAGAUCAGAGAGGAAUUAUCCCAGAAUUUAGGAUGAAUUCAUGGAGACUGGGACAUAUUUGGUUUUUAAAUCAGAUUGACCUCAGACACGUUCAGAGCCGACCCUUUUAUAACGAAAGAUCAUGAAGGUAACAUCCAUGAAUAGAAGGAAAACCAGAGAUUAGGACCUAAAAAGAACCACUGCUGGUGUCCAGAGCAAAUUAGCUGCUCCUCCCAAUCAGGUGACUCUGAUAAAAUCUCUCCAAUCACAGACGACCUCCCACUGAUGUCAUCUCCCUUAGCCAAUUACCAUCCUCUCAGUUUUGAAUGUGACUGUGCAGUUGGCCCCUCCCCCACAUAAGAAUUACCCAGAAUGCCGUUUGAUACCAGGUGCCAAACCGCUGCUCUGUCUGUGCCUGUCAGCUGUCCAAGUGCUUUGGAACAAUAAAGUUUCUCUUAGCUCAAAA